AUGACUACUUUUCCAACUGCAAAAGUAAUGAUGGCUAACGUCACACAAUUAAGGAUUACUGGCACCUUAAUUUGGAAAGUUAAUGAAAAUAGCCUAUCUAAUUAUCCAAGCUUAAAAUGGCUAUACUUGAACAAAAAUAAAAUACAAAAGAUUGAAGAUGGUGCUUUUGCAAGACUGUAUAAUUUACAAGUACUAUAUCUGUCAAACAAUAAGAUACAAAGGAUUGGUAAUGGCGUUUUUUCAAGCUUACAAAAGUUGAUGACACUAUAUAUGUAUAGCAAUAAAAUAGAAAGGAUAGCCGAUGGAGCCUUCGCAGACCUAGGUCAGCUUAAAUUGCUAUACUUAGAUGAUAACAAGAUAGAAACGAUUGGAGAGCAAGCCUUCACUGGAUUAAAUAAGUUACGGUGGCUACGGUUGGACGAAAACUUAUUAAGUACCCUAGAUUCUCCUAAAAUAUUCGAAGGACUUACAAAUUUAAGAACUUUAAAAUUAGAACUUUAUUAG